AUGGUCCAGCACCGCAGCGAGGAGAGCUUCGCGAAGAUCGAGGAAGUUCGAUCCAAGAUCGUGCCCAUCAUAUCUGAUAAGAGGCCAGAAGCCAGGGCACUCUUGAAGCAAGUGCUGCCUAGCGGCCUUUAUGUUAACUGCUGUGGGAGUCCUGCCCGGUGCUUUGAAUCCUUGCAUAUAAGGUUCGGAAUCACUCCUCCUCAGCUGGAGGCGGCGCCAGCUGCUGGAUCCAGCAACGAGCCUUCGGCCCCCAAAGCUCAGCCUGCAGAGCCCGCUGCCGCUGUGCCCCCUGGGGAGACUCUUGCUGCAGGAGGCUUCACAAUGAUUGCCUUGCAGCUUUUGAAGCUUGAGCAUCACCACAUUAAUUCAUUGGAAAUGUCUCGUAGUACAAUUUCACUUUUCAGGAAAGCACGGCUGUCCCAACUGGACACCCAGCCUUUCCCUUUGGUGGACCGAGUGGCCACGAAAGAGUUGGUGCAGAACGUGAUUUUCACCAAGGCCGGAAACCUGGCGAAGAUUCAGCUUCAGCUGGCAGGCCACGAGCCAUCUGCGAAGGCUGUCGAUGAUCUUCUCCAGGAGAAGGCCAAGAUGGAUGCCAAGUGGCAGGCUUUGCGGAAGAUUGAUGACACGGUCUCUGAGGAGACCUGGGUGGAUGCUAUGAAGGAUGUGACGCGAGCGUACUUUGCCUACCUCUCCAAGGAGGAGCUGCUGUACGUUGCAGGAGUUUGCCCUUGGGUGCUGCAGAAGCGUGAAGAAGCAGACGGCCUAGGGUCUACCUGCUGCGGUUCCUGGGGACAGAGCCAUCAUUUCAUCAUGAUGGCCUUCAUGACGUCGAUGAUUUUCAUCUUCUUGUUUGAAAGGCCGACUACUCUUCAGAAGCCUGGUGAUGAUCCGCAAGAGCAAUCCUCUGGUCCUCGAUUAAAGCGAAGGGCCUCUGCUGUCAUCCGCAGUGCCAAGAAGGCACGGAAGAAUGAAGACAACGUCGAUUUCUCGCAGCUGCCGCUGCACUUGCAAAAUAUGGAUGAGGGCUACUCCACGCUGGCGCACAUGUGUGAGACGCCCAUGCCCAAUGCUGUGCUUGGAGGACUUCGCAAGAAAUCUGCAGAUAUUAGCUUCCUCUGUGGCACAAUGUGCGAUGCAGCUGUUCAAGAAGGGUCAAACAAGUUUUUGACGAAGACGCUUGCGACGAUCACACGAGAGGCUCGGUUCCACAGUCGGCUAGCUUCUUCCCUGCCCAAAGUGGAGCUGAUAAAGCUUCCAGUGCAGAUUAAGUUUCAUUCGGCCGAGCAGCUGGUUCAGAUGGAUGGAGAAGCGGCAGAAGUUCUUGAGCCACAUGGUUUAUGGUCAGAGUUCAGCAGCGGACCGACAACUGCCCUGAGGCUAGUGGAUUUGAUUCACGAGUCGCCAGAGUUGCGGGAGGUUCUGUCCGAUGCAGGACCCAAUGAUGUGUUCUUGCGCCUUCAUGGAGAUGAAGGGCCAUUCUUCAAGAAGCGGAAUCUGCUGGUGCUGUCAUUGAGUUUUCCGCACAAUCAUGGAGACACUAUCAUGACCCGCUUGGCGCUCUGCCAUAUUGGGAAUGACUUCGAAACUUGA